UGUUUUCAUGAAAUGGGUUAUUUAUUUGAUGGGUUUUGAUAGUUUGAUUUGAGGGUUGAUAUGAUAUGCCAAUGCUUUGAUGAACCUUACGUUAACUAUCAAUUGAAUUCUGAAAUGCACGAAAAUGGCUAAUUCUACCAACCGAGAAGCCGAGAGAACCUUACCAUUGAAGCUUGUCGACUCUGUUUGAUCCUUGUAACAUACAUGAUUACUUGAAUGUGUCAAAAUAUACCAUGUAAAACAACGGCUCAGUCUAUUUCAAUUUUGAGUUGGGUACUGUUAUUUUAGGAUUUUGAAAAUGUCUUUAUUGCUUGUGGAGUGUAAGCAGGACUUUAGUUUCAAGAAGGAAUAAUAACUGGAAAAUGCUAAAACUGCAUCGGUUUUUGAGAAAAUUGGAGAUUUCUUUAUCUAGUUCCCAAUACUAAGUGCUGGUUUAGAAAACCUGAGUGAGGUUCAAGCUUGGUUUGAUUGAUAUAGCAUGAUUUUACAUGAACUAGAGACAUGGGCAACUUUCUCAUAAUGAGCUUCUCCAUUUUCGAGCAUUUAGUUUAAAAUUUGAAUAUGAAGGGCUUGAUUGGCGUAGCUUUUUGUAGUUGAAAGUCCGUUAUGAAGAUGGACUUUUCAAAUAUGACUUUUAUGAAGGACUUUGGUAGAAGAUGGUUGUUUGGUGAAUACUUAUUUGAAAGUCUUGCAUGAUCAAACUUAUUGGACUUGAUGUAUUUUCUCCAAACCUUAAGAAAGAUUAGUGUAAUUUACUUAUAUUUUUUACUAUAUUAAUUCUAAAAUAGUAGAUAAAAAAUUUAUCAUUUUCAAUUAAAUAUAUAUAUAUAUAUAAUUAGCUUUAAAAUCCUAUUUGACAUAAUUCUAUUAACUGGCUGGAUGGAGUUACAUAAGGGAUUCAAAAAUGUCAUGGCACUCGUUUAAUAUUCAUGUUAUCAGGUUGUCGUAUCCUUGUUCGUGUCGAACAAUGAUUAAUCUUAACGUGCUAACUUUGUGUAUGGUUCGAGUCGUGUUAUCUUAUCGUGUAAAAAAUUCUCAUGUAGAGUAGCGUUACAAAUAAUCUACACAUUUAUAUGUUAAGAUUUGUAAAUAUAAUAAAGUAGGGAAUAUAUGGGCAAUUCAUUUGAAACAAUGGGCACAUAAUAAAAAAUGAAAAAUAAAAAUAAAAAAAAUGUAGUGAAUGUCACUCAAGUGACUGGUUGACUUCGCGAGAAGUGGAAUUGGAAGCCAACAUGGGUGGCUUUUCCGAAAUUGACUUUCUAUGGCUGUGACUUAUGAUGGAAUGACUUUUGAUUAUCUUCACCAAAUGGAACAAAGAAAUUCAAUAGGACUUCAAUAGUUUGGAAGGACUUUCUAAAGUUUUGCCAAACAGUGCCGAAGUCUUUAUAUUUCAUUUUUUCUUUGUUGGAUGUAAAUCAAAGCAAAUUGAAACUUACUAGAGGAAUUGGUUUUCUUAAGACAAACAUGUUUUCCGUGGGGCUUAUUAUUUAUGUACCUAGUUAGUAAUUAUUUUUGAUUGGUUUAAAGGGCUAUGUUCUGUUUCAGGAGAAGAACGGAAUAUGUACUACUGUUGGAAAUUUUUUGUUUUCAAUCAAAGUGAACGCAUACCAAGACUUCGGGGAUUCUGAAUGCUUUCGAUCACAAAAUUAAACUUGGAAUGAACACUAGUUAUGCUUUCGGCCAUUGGACUCUCGCCAUCUAGGGUAUAGCACUCCACCAUGCCAGAUAGCUGCCAAGAAGCACAAGCCAGAAAAGACAGUAUGUGCCCUGGCCACACCUUUGUAACGUAUAUGGAAGUUGUGACGCAUCUAUUUGUGUCAAGGGUCUUGGAUAUGUAACUGUUCUGUCAGACAAUAUCAUACUCUUUUGUGUGAGACAUGAAGCGUUACGUUUACAUCAAUGAUGAUGAGCUAUCACAAGAUCUUUACUGUGACAACCGGAUUUCAAACAGAAAAUAUACCUUAUUGAACUUCCUUCCAAAAAAUUUAUGGGAGCAGUUCAGGUAAUUCUUGAAUGAGUUAAUCCAGAAUUUCAAAUGUAUAUUUCUCAAAACUGCAGUGUAGACCGUUGAGAAAUGAGAACCAGUACAAUUUUUAUGAACUUUGCCAGUUUGAAGUCCUUUAAGCAAACUGAACUUGAUAUUCAUGAUUUGACAACUUUAUUUCAAAUUUAUCAGUUGGCCCAUGUUUUUUAACAAUCUAUUGUAAGGGAGUCCGGCAGGCUGGUUCCCAUCCUCUGUUUUCUCUACUGGGUUAGAUGUUACUGGUUCCCAGAAUAUAUGGAACAUAUCUCAUUUAAGAGGAACCAAAUCCAUAUUUCCAUAUGUAGAAAGCCAAAAGCCUUCAGUAUAGGGUGGAAAAAUAUGUUACACUGUUCCAGUUUAUUGACGUAAAAGGAUUUAAAUUACUUUUUUGAUAAGGGGUGUUUCUUUUGGUAAUUUAUUUCCAUGUUUUUAUUGUUUAACUCAUUCUCCUAAUGUUUCUAUUGCUUGUUCCCACGAGGCUCCCAUUGCUUGGAAAUUCCAUUUUUUUCCAGAAAUCUAAUAAUAAAGAGGCUGGUGAUUUGGCGUCAUUGCUAGCUCUUGUUCAUAAUGUUUCUUUGAGAUGGGAUGCUUUGGAUAAAAUAGAAGGCCGGUUCAUGAAUCAGUACUUCUUGUUGAUUGCAUGCCUUCAACUAUGGCCAUUGAUUACUCCAGUAAAUCCUGCAAGUACAUGGGGUCCACUUGUUUUAAUAUUUUCAGUAUCAGCAACUAAAGAGGCAUGGGAUGACUAUAAUAGAUAUCUCUCAGACAAGAAAGCAAAUGAGAAACAAGUUUGGAUUGUCAACCAGGGCAUCAGAAAACAUAUUCAAGCCCAAGACAUUCGUGUUGGUAAUAUUGUUUGGCUUCGUGAGAAUGAUGAAGUGCCAUGUGAUGUUGUUCUAAUUGGUGCCUCUGACCCGCAAGGUCUUUGCUGUGUAGAGACGGCUGCCUUAGAUGGUGAAACUGAUCUUAAGACAAGGGUGAUACCCUCUGCUUGCAUGGGAAUAGAUUUUGAGCUAUUACACAAAAUCAAGGGUGUAAUUGAGUGUCCCAAUCCAGAUAAAGACAUUAGAAGAUUUGAUGCAAAUUUGCGGUUGUUUCCUCCAUUCAUUGACAAUGACGUGUGUCCUUUAACUAUCAAAAAUACAAUUCUUCAAUCAUGCUACUUGCGAAAUACUGAGUGGGCUUGUGGAGUUGCUGUUUACACAGGCAAUGAAACCAAGCUGGGUAUGAGCAGGGGUAUCGCUGCACCAAAGCUUACUGCUGUGGAUGCGAUGAUUGACAAUCUGACUGGAGCAAUAUUUCUUUUCCAGAUAGUGGCUGUUAUUGUUCUAGGAAUAGCCGGAAAUAUUUGGAAGGAUACAGAAGCAAGAAAGCAAUGGUAUGUUCAAUAUCCAAAUGAAGGUCCAUGGUAUGAACUGCUGAUCAUCCCUCUACGGUUUGAGCUUCUUUGUUCCAUCAUGAUACCCAUUUCUCUAAAGGUGUCUCUGGAUUUUGUCAAGAGCUUGUAUGCAAAGUUUAUUGAUUGGGACAGUCAAAUGAUUGACCUAGAAACCGGCACUCCAGCCCAUGCAGCAAACACAGCAAUUAGUGAGGACUUGGGACAAGUUGAGUACAUAUUGACAGAUAAAACAGGAACCCUUACUGAAAAUAGAAUGAUCUUUAAAAGAUGUUGUAUCAAUGGCAUAUUCUAUGGGAAUGAGAGAGGGGAUGCUUUGCUAGAUGUGGAGCUACUCAAUGCUGUUGCCAGUGGCUCUCCUGAUGUUAUUCGAUUUCUUACAGUUAUGGCAAUAUGUAAUACUGUUAUACCUAUGCGAAGCAAAAGUGGUUUAAUCUCAUAUAAGGCACAAUCUCAGGAUGAGGAAGCUCUUGUUCGUGCUGCUGCCUACUUGCAUAUGGUUUUUGUCAAUAAGAGUGCAAAUACUCUUGAAAUCAAUUUCAAUGGUGCAAUGAUACAGUAUGAAGUACUGGAUACUCUGGAGUUCACUUCUGAUAGGAAAAGAAUGUCAGUUGUGGUGAAAGAUUGCAAAAGUGGGAAAAUGGUCCUACUGUCUAAGGGAGCAGAUGAAGCAAUUCUUCCUUAUGCGUGUACUGGAAAACAAACAAGGACUUUUGCUGAUGCUGUAGAACAAUAUUCUCAACUGGGACUGCGGACGUUAUGCCUGGCUUGGCAUGAAAUAGAGGAAGAUGAAUAUCGAGAAUGGUCUUUGCUUUUUAAAGAUGCUAAUAGCUCAUUGGUGGAUAGGGAGUGGAAAGUAGCUGAGGUCUGCCAAAGAUUAGAGCAUAACUUUGAAAUCCUUGGGGUUGCUGCCAUAGAGGAUCGUCUACAGGAUGGUGUUCCAGAAACAAUUCAGACACUCAGGAAAGCUGGAAUAAACUUUUGGAUGUUAACUGGAGACCAGCAGAAUACUGCUGUACAAAUUGCUCUUUCAUGCAAUUUUGUAUAUCCAGAACCUAAAGGCCAGCUUCUGUUAAUUAAUGGCAAAACUGAAGAUGAAGUAUGUAGAAGUUUAGAGAGAGUCUUGCUUACAAUGAGAAUAACAAAUGCAGAACCCAAGGAUGUGGCUUUUGUCAUUGAUGGCUGGGCUCUUGAAAUUGCACUUAAGCAUUACAGGACAGCAUUCACUGAACUAGCAAUUUUGUCAAGGACAGCUAUAUGUUGCCGUGUUACACCAUCUCAAAAAGCACAGGUGCUCUUUAUUAGUUCUUGAAUGGUCUAUUAGUUA